AUGCCUCCUAAAACUGUAAUUGUGGGUGUCAGUGGUGCUUCUUGCAGUGGAAAAUCGACUUUGACUCAAUUUCUUCAUGCUAUCUUUAAAGGAUCUUCCAUUCUCCAUGAAGACGACUUUUACAAGACCGAUGCAGAUAUUCCUGUAAAAGAUGGAGUUGCCGAUUGGGAUUGCAAAGAGUCCUUGAACUUGGAUUUAUUUUUGGAAACAUUGAAAUAUAUCCGUAAACAUGGUGAUUUGCCUACCCAUCUUCACAACCGCGAUAACUUAAACGUUGCAAAAGAAGCACUCACGCAAUAUAACGAAAUCCUUGAAGAAUACCCAGAAAGCCCCAUCUCUUCUUCACGCUACAAAUUUAUUUUUGUGGAUGGCUUUAUGCUCUAUGUAAACGAGGAUCUCAUUCAAUCAUUUGAUCUUUGUCUUAUGCUGGCAUGCGACUUCGAUACGUUAAAAGCCCGUAGAGAAUCUCGUAAAGGUUAUGUGACCCAAGAAGGGUUUUGGCAGGAUCCACCUAACUAUUUUGAAAAUUACGUCUGGCCAGGUUAUGUCAACGGCCAUUCUCAUCUUUUUCAAAACAAAGACGUUUAUGGGAAAUUGGUUGAUUCUCACAUACAGCUUAGUCCUGCAAGCAACAUGAGUGUUCAGCAAAACGUGAAAUGGGCUAUAGACACCAUACAGAACGCUUUAUCUUAA